CCCAUUUCAAUCGCAAGAGCUUCUACUUCGAUGGGUCUUAGAAUUCCCUUCAUCUUCAUGGAGAAUGCCACUAUGCCAGGCAAAAACCCCCCUGAUGAUCGGGGAUAAUUCUCCCAAUACCCACUCCAUCAGGAUUCAGGCAUCCCGCAUCCCGUUGGGGGACGUUUCCAGUGAUGUUGCUGAUCAUAUCCAAUAUGAAGAUGUUGAGCAGGUUCAUUUUGCAAAUUAAUCUCCAGACUUUGGCAGGUGGAACCAACCCUGGAGUCGAAAGUUGGACAAAAGGGGGAAAAAAUAAAGUCAAACGGUGGAAACAGCAGCAGAUCACGGUUUGGGCUAUGAGUUCACAGUCACUAAGACCGUGAACUGGAGGCGUUACCCGUGAACAACCAGGCAUCCAGAGCACAAAUUGCUUUCACUAGACACAAGUCAGUUCAAGCAAG